CAUCUCAAGAUGUCACAACGUCUCAAUGAAAUGAAUUGGAUUUGGUCAAUAUUGGUGAUAUACUUUGGCCAAACAUGGAGUCCAGUAAGCGGUGGGGCCUUGCCAAAUCAGCCAAAACCGUCCGCAACUGGUGUGAUUGAGUCACAGGCAAAAUUUUUCCAGGAUUUUUUCUCAGUACAGUUGAGCCCGUACAAGAUUGAGUUUGGUCACGUUUGUGAAGAUCCCAAUACCUGGGAACAGCGCUACGAGAAGAAAGAUUAUAAAAACCACAGGGAUAUGGGAAAAGUUCGAUGGGGUGAUAAAAAGGGAGGUUAUGGCGAACAUUAUUGGGACCUAAAUCACGCUGGCCAUAACAAUGAUCACGAUGAUGGAGAGUACCAUGCAGAUGACGACUCAUAUGAUGAAUCUAGUGAGCAAUCAUCCAACUACGAAGACAUACAAAAAGACACAAAUGAAGAAACUGAACGCAGAAAAAGAGCUCACACAAACAGUAGUAAAGAGCAUCGUACGAUUUCUCACGAUGAAAAUAAAGAACGAACACAAAAGAAACAAAAAAUACUCCAAGAACCAAGCAAACGAGUAAAGAAUGAUAUUGUUCUCAUUGUAAAUGAAAGGGACAGAGCUGUAAGAGAACCAAAAACGUUUCUGGAGCCUCCCAAUCAAGAUUUAGAACUUAGACAAAAUCCGGGUUCAAUCCGUCAGCCAUCCGAUCUUAGACAAAAUCCGGGUUCAGACCGCAAGCCAUCCGAUCUUAGACAAAAUCCGGGUUUAGUCCUUCAGCCAUCAAGUCAGCCAAGACUUUACUUUGAACCAACCACAGGUCAUGUUAUCGAUAGAGGAACAGGACAAGCGUUCUUCUUGCAACCAAUUGUGGUUAAUUAAUUAUAUGAAGUUAAAUAAGACAUAAUUUAUUUUAAAUUUUAAUC